UCACUGAUGGAAAAACACACGAGCGUUCCCGAGACAUCUCUGGGCUUGUGAACAGCGAGAUCACUAGAAACCGAGAAUGCCAAAUUCAACCAGUUCCACUUCCUCUACCAAAAGCAUGAGGAGAGCAGGCUCUGAACUGGAGCGCUCCGACUCCGUCACGUCUCAGCCUCGCUUCGUGGGGCGCAGGCAGAGUCUGAUCGAGGACGCGCGGAAGGAGAGAGAAGCGGCGGCGGCGGCUGAAGCGGUGGAGGCGAACGAGCACAUCGUGUUUCAGGAGGACGACGGAAAAGCACUCCUAAAUCUCUUCUUCACCCUGAGAGCCUCCAAAAGUCCGUCUCUCUCUCGCAUUCUGAAGGUCUUCGAGACAUUUGAAGCCAAGAUGCACCAUCUUGAGACCAGAGUGAGCCAUAAACCUAAAGACAGCCCACAGGAUCUGGAUUAUUUUGUGCGCUGUGAAGUUCAUCUAUCAGAUGUAAAUACCCUUGUCAGUUCCCUGAAAAGGAUUGCAGAUGAUGUCAGAACCACUAAAGAGAUGAAAUUUCACUGGUUUCCAAAGAAAAUUGCAGAGCUGGAUAAAUGCCAUCAUCUGGUGAAUAAAUUUGAUCCAGAUUUGGAUCAGGAUCAUCCAGGAUUUACAGAUCCUGUGUACAGAAAACGACGAAAACAGAUUGGGGAUAUCGCUUUCAAAUAUAAGCAUGGGGAAACAAUCCCUCGGGUGGAGUACAAACAAGAGGAAAUUGAAACUUGGCGAGAGGUCUACUCUACCCUCAGAGAUCUGUACACCACCCAUGCGUGUAAUGAGUAUUUAGAGGCUUUUAGGCUGCUGGAGAAACACUGUGGUUACAGUCCUGAUAGCAUUCCUCAACUAGAGGACGUCUCAUGCUUUUUGAAAGAGCGUACAGGGUUCCAGCUGAGGCCUGUGGCAGGUUUGCUGUCAGCACGAGACUUUCUGGCCAGCCUGGCUUUCCGUGUGUUUCAGUGUACGCAGUAUAUUCGCCAUGCCUCUGCACCCAUGCACUCCCCUGAACCGGACUGUGUUCAUGAACUCCUGGGCCAUGUUCCUAUGCUGGCUGAUAAAUCAUUUGCUCAGUUUUCCCAGAACAUUGGACUUGCCUCUCUUGGUGCUUCAGAGGAUGACAUUGAGAAACUGUCAACACUUUAUUGGUUCACAGUAGAGUUUGGAUUGUGUAAGCAGGGAGACACAUUGAAAGCUUAUGGAGCAGGCCUUCUUUCCUCCUACGGUGAGCUGGUGCAUGCACUUUCAGACGAGACAGAGAAACGAGAGUUUGACCCAGACACUGUAGCUGUGCAGCCAUACCAAGAUCAGACCUACCAGUCUGUCUAUUUUGUGUCUGGGAGCUUUUCUGAUGCUAAAGAUAAACUGAGAAUGUAUUCAAUUGGGAUCAAGAGGCCAUUUUCAGUGAGGUUUGACCCAUACACAAACAGCAUAGAAGUUCUUGACAACCCACUGAAGAUCAGAGGAGGACUGGAGUCAGUGAAAGACGAUCUGAAGGUCCUUACGGAUGCCUUGCAUGUACUGGCCUGAGUUUACUGGUUCGUGCCACCUGCUGCCCUGAUCCUCAGUGUUUACUAUGUGCCAUUUACUUUUUACUGUGUGCCAUUGCGUGUAUGUAUCUGCUAAAGGUGUUGCUUUUAAAAAGCUCUGUGGCAACAAAAUGACCUCAUGCUGGAAUUUGUUUCUAAAGACCUCAAUGGAUCGUUUUGUGACUUUCAUUUUUGUGUCAAAAACGACUGUCAUAUUAAAAUGUUAGACACCAAAUACUAGGGAUCAAGAAUAAAAUUAAAUAUUAUUCUUUAGGUAAUGCUGAGCUCUGAAAAAUAAAUGAAUAUAUAUGAAAUAACAAAUGAAAAGUAUAAAAUUCUAAAUUAUGAAUAUUUGAGUAUUUUUAAACAUAUACUCUGCUUAUGUGUAAAAAAUAUACUUGUUUACAGUCGGUGAAUAUGUCUCAUUAGUGCCUCAGAGUGCACUAUGUGAUUUUCCAAUUGAGAAUUUAUCUAGAAAUAACUGAAAAAAAUUGGUUUGAGUGCCACAGUGAUGAUGCUUCAGCUAUCUUUUGCAGGUGGAUGUGUUUUAUUCAUCGUGGUGGCUGAUAUCAAACAGCAUUUCUGCUCUACUUGCCAUUGAGGCAAUCAAGUGCUGCUCAUAAAACAACAGCAAAUAUUAACAAGAUAUAAAAUUAAACUAUUUGAAAAGGCUGACCACAAGUGUCUUAUUGCUCUCUUACUAAAAUAUCCAAAUUAGUAAGCGAUUAAAUACUAAAGUAAUGAUGAUCUCUGAAACUGUUUCAUAUGGAAUAUACUCAUACUAUUAUGUGACACACUACAUACUCUAUAUACUUUUACUGUUAAAGAAAACGACAUUGACAUUGAAAAUGACAUUGAAAUUAGCUCUAGAACUUUAUAAUUAACAUGAUCUUUAAUACUGUCCAAGAUUUUUGUUAUAAUUAACUUCUUAGUCUUUAAGUCUGUCCAGCUCCCCCACAUCCACGACUGUACACUCUGCUCAAAAAGAUCAAUAUUCAAAGCUCCAGCUUGCAUGUUAAUACCACUGGCAAUGCCUCUGUGCUUGUCAUCUCACAGAUCGUUAACUAGCCAAAUGAUGUCUUUGCUGUAACUCAGUGUGACCUUUUUUUUUAUGGCUGCAUUUCUUUCUGGAACGUUGAGUCCAGUGUUUGAGUCCAGUGUCUCCAGUUGCUAGACUGAAUUUCUCAUUAAUAUGAGAGUAAACAUGGCUGGAAAAUGGUGAUUGAAAACAGAAGCUCUUGUUCUCUUGUUUUAAGGCAAAGCCUGAACAUUAACCCUCGUAGUUGAGAUCGUUGAAGUUUUUUCUCCUACUGAGUGUCACGUAACCGUGCUAGCAAUGCCCUGCCAAUGUGGCACACAACCAAUACCUUCUCACAGCAUCAUUCAACAAAUUAGCAGCAGAAGUGCUAAACAAAUCACAAAUAAUUCAGUAUUAAUAUAUACAAAUUUGUGGGUAGAGUUUUCUUUUAAUCUGCUAUGAAUGAGUGAAUUACAAUGAGUUCAAAAUGAACAGCAAGCAAACGUAGUUUCUUUCCUUCUAGCAUAACAAAUCUUCAGUCUGUUAAAAGUGACUGAAUGAUAGCUGUGUAUGAUGGAGUGAUAAACCAGGCCCAUGAAAAAAUGUUUGAUUCACUGCCUUGUGUUUUCAAUGUGCUACAUUAACAGUGGAUUCGGUUAAUCAGCAUCAGCCAUUUCUGUGCUUCAUCUAUGCCAAUUUUAUCUUUUGAAUAUCUUAAUUACAUUUGGAUUUGAGAAUGACUAUGUA